AUGGCCACGCCCCUUUUCGUCCCGCCCCGCCACCUUACUGCACCUCUUAUCACUGUACCUCUUAUCACUGUACCUCUUAUCACUGUACCUCUUAUCACUGUACCUCUUAUCACUGUACCUCUUAUCACUGUACCUCUUAUCACUGCACCUCUUAUCACUGUACCUCUUAUCACUGCACCUCUUAUCACUGCACCUCUUAUCACUGCACCUCUUAUCACUGUACCUCUUAUCACUGUACCUCUUAUCACUGUACCUCUUAUCACUGCACCUCUUAUCACUGUACCUCUUAUCACUGCACCUCUUAUCACUGUACCUCUUAUCACUGCACCUCUUAUCACUGUACCUCUUAUCACUGCACCUCUUAUCACUGUACCUCUUAUCACUGCACCUCUUAUCACUGUACCUCUUAUCACUGUACCUCUUAUCACUGUACCUCUUAUCACUGUACCUCUUAUCACUGUACCUCUUAUCACCGUACCUCUUGGUACCGUACCUUUUGGUACCGUACCUUUUGGUACCGUACCUCUUGGUACCGUACCUUAUGGUACCGUACUUUUUGUUAUUGUACCUCUUGUUACCGUACCUUUUAUCACCGUACCUCUUGGUACCGUACCUUUUGGUACCGUACCUCUUGUUACCGUACCUUUUGGUACCGUACCUCUUGUUACCGCACCUUUUGGUACCGUACCUCUUGGUACCGUACCUUUUAUCACCGUACCUCUUGGUACCGUACCUCUUAUCACUGUACCUCUUGGUACCGUACUUUUUGUUAUUGUACCUCUUGUUACCGUACCUUUUGGUACCGUACCUCUUGGUACCGUACCUUUUGGUACCGUACCUCUUGGUACCGUACCUUUUAUCACCGUACCUCUUGGUACCGUACUUUUUGUUAUUGUACCUCUUGUUACCGUACCUUUUGGUACCGUACCUCUUGGUACCGUACCUUUUAUCACCGUACCUCGUGGUACCGUAUCUUUUAUUACUGUACCUCUUGGUACCGUACCUCUUGUUACCGUACUUUUUAUCACUGUAUCUCUUGGUACCGUACUUCCUAUCACCGUUUUAACAAAAGAUAUGGUACCAAAAGGCGCGGUAACAAGAGGUUCGGUACUAAGAGGUACGGUAACAAGAGGUACAAUAACAAAAAGUACGGUACCAAGAGGUACAGUGAUAAGAGGUACGGUACCAAGAUACAGUGAUACAAAAGUACGGUAA